CCCCAACUUCCGCCUCUAUCUCUUCACCUCUCUCUUCUUUCUCUCAACAAACACCUCAAAAUAUCGAUCUCCCCCUCCCCUCCGAUCUCUCCAUCGCCAAUCGACCACCAAAAUCACCCCUGCGCUCCGAGUCCUCGUCGCUAUGCUGCCAUUUCUGGCGAACAGCCAUCGUCGUCGCCUCUUCCUUCUCCUCCAUACGCACCGCCAGCUCCUACCCCAGGCGAGUCCAGCCGCUGCUCCGAUGGGCAGCCCCCUCCCUUCUCGUCCUCCACCGGCGAACAACGCCGCCAUCGACGGAGAAGGCCUGCCAAGCCUCCACACCGCCACUCUAUCCUCCGUCCUCCAGUCGCCUUCUUUCUCCCUUCUGGUGAACGUCCAACAGCCGCGACACAGCCUCACUCCUCUCUCACAGCGAUACCUCCGACAAACCCCUUCGGCGUUCCAACCAUGCAACCCUUCCUCAUCAAAAAUGAAGAAUCCGUCUUUAGAAUCUUAUUGGGAAGAUAAAGUGUGUGAAUCACAUUCAGCAGAGUGGGAGAAAAGGUGAAGAAAUUUAAGAGAGGAUUUUGAAGGAUGAAUGAUAGCUUAGCUAAAGAAAUGAAUGAGAGACAACCUCAAAGGCCUUGUGGUUGUGUGGGCAUUUUCUUUCAGCUCUUUGAUCGGAACCGUAGAUUUGCCAAGAAGCUGUUUCCAAAGAAACUGCUUUCACCAGCUUGCUUGAAACAAGCUUCAAAAAAGUUUGGAGGGGAUGAGAAGCAGCCAAAGCUUCAUUUGAUUGCUGAUGAGAAUAGUGGGGGUUUUCCAAAUGCAAAGAAUAAUGGAAGGACUGAUACACGUUGUGCAAGCAAGCGCGAAAUGAAAGCUCCAAGUUUGGUUGCUAGGCUCAUGUGUUUGGAAUCGAUGCCAGCAGGAUCAGGCAGAAAGCCCCAAAAGGCUUCAGCUUCUUCUGAAACUUCGAGCAAUGUGGAAGACAAACUUGGUGCUCGACCUGGUAGAUCUGAUAAAGAAGAUAUGGAUUUUGAGAUAGCCGAAAUAAAGAGUUCAGAACCAGGUUUGCAAAGGUUUAGAGCUAAAUGUGCUCUCACUUAUCCUACUAGAUAUUUUUCUCCUUUGGAAGAUGAAGCAGAUUUAGUUGGGAAUUCACUUGAUCACCAUUCAACUGACAGGUACCUCUCCAGCAGUCCCAAUAGUAGUUCAAGCAUGGUCCCCGAUUCGACAUUUUACUAUUUGCAUACUUCCUUUCUUUCCCUCAAAUACAUAAAUUAAAAAACAAGAAAACUCUGAACUUGGAUUUCAUGCAUCCAUGCUUCUAAUAAAUAUGAUGCUUGUUUUCUUCCAAAGGACAAAGUGCUUGCUGAAUCAGUGGACUCUAUUGAUGAUGAACCACUCUCUCCAGAACCUGAUAGAGAUCUUUCGGAUUGUGAGACCUCAUUAUCCACCAGGAGGAGUUGCUGAGAACUGGUUCAUAACGUUUCUGGGUUGCUCAGCAAGAUUGAUCAGUUAAAAGGAAGCAAACUCAGCUACGCAAAAAGGUCAUUUUGAAUACUGAACUCAUAUUUGGAACUACACCUCAACAACAGGCUCUACCUGUAGAGGAUGGGUUCUCUGUGACCCAUUUUCUCCU